AUCUCUCCCUGUUUUGUUCAGUGUCCAGAAGCCCAGAGCAGAGUCCCCUACAACCAGCCUGCUAUCAAUGAAGAGUGAUCAGCCACCUGCUUUCAGCCAGGAACCAUUACCAGAUGACAAUAAGGAAGUGGAGAGUUUGGACAGUGAAGAUGCAUUAAAGAUCACACACAACCUUCUGGACAGAAGAAGUCAAACUCUGCUGACAGUCCAACAAGACAUUAAGGCUAAACUGAAACAUAAGUAUCAACACAUAUCUGAAGGAAUUGGACACCAUGGAAACCAAAGUCUGUUCAAGGACAUCUACACAGAGCUCUACAUCACAGAGGGUGGAAGUGGAGGGCUCAAUAAUGAACAUGAGGUUAGACAGAUAGAGAUGGCAUCCAAGAAACAAACCACACAAGAGACACCAAUCAAAUGCAAUGACAUCUUCAAGCCUUUACCUGGACAAGACAAACCUAUCAGAACUGUGCUGACAAAAGGAAUCGCUGGUGUUGGAAAAACAGUCUCUGUGCAGAAGGUCCUCCUUGACUGGGCAGAGGGAAAAGCAAAUCAGGACGUUCAUUUCAUGUUUCCUCUUCCUUUCCGUGAUCUGAACCUGAAAAAGGACCAAUACAGUCUGAUGCAACUUCUUUCCCACUACUUCCCAGAGCUGAAAGAGAUUGACAGCAUUGAAGAUGGUGAAACCAAAACUGUUUUCAUUUUUGAUGGUCUGGAUGAGUGUCGACUUCCUCUAGAAUUCAAAAACAAUGAGAAGUGCUGUGAUGUCACACAGCCAACCUCAGUGGACGUGCUGCUGACAAACCUCACCGAGGGGAAUCUGCUUCCCUCUGCUCUCCUCUGGAUAACCUCGAGGCCUGCAGCAGCCAAUCAGAUCCCUCCUGAGUGUAUUGACCAGCUGACAGAGGUACGAGGGUUCAAUGAUCCACAGAAGGACGAGUACUUCAGGAAGAUAAUCCCAGAUCAGAAUCUGGCCAAUGAAAUCAUCAAACACAUGAAGACAUCAAGGAGCCUCCACAUCAUGUGCCACAUGCCCUUCUGUUGGAUAUCAGCCACUGUCCUUGAGAUGAUACUGAAAGAGGCAGAGAAGGAUGAAGUCCCCAAAACUCUGACCCAGAUGUACUCACACUUCAUUCUCAUCCAAAUCAUUGUGAAGAAUAAGAAGUACAACAAAGCAACAGAGACAAACCCAAAGGAACUGUCUCAGUCAGACAAAGAGAUGAUCCUGAAACUGGGAAAGCUGGCUUUCCAACAGCUGCAGAAGGGCAACCUGAUCUUCUAUGAGGAGGACCUGAGAGAGUGUGGCCUUGAUGUCACAGAGGCAUCAGUGUACUCAGCAUUGUGUACAGAGAUCUUUAAAGAAGAAUCUGGGCUGUACCAAGACAAGGUCUACAGCUUUGUGCAUCUGAGCAUUCAGGAGUUUCUAGCAGCAGUGCAUGCUUUAGAAUCAUGUCUGGACAAGAAGGAAAAUGUUUUCUCCCCCACUAGUGAUGAAGAGAAGCAGUCAAUACAGUUGUCUGACUUACACAGGAGAGCAGUGGACCAGGCCUUGAAGAGUGAGAAUGGACACCUGGACCUGUUCCUCCGCUUCCUUCUGGGUCUCUCACUGGAGUCCAAUCAGAAUCUAACACAGACAGGAAGUACAACACAGACCAAUGAGGAAACAGUUAACAGAACAGUCAGGUACCUUUCAGACAAGAUCAAAAGGGAAUCUUCACCAGAAAGGAUCAUCAACUUGUUCCACUGUCUGAAUGAACUUGGUUCUAACUCUCUAGUUGAAGACAUGCAGACCUCCCUGCGAUCAGGAACUCUUUCAGAAACAAGACUAAAACCUGACCAAUGUUCAGCCCUGGCCUACCUGUUACUGAUGUCAGAGGAGGUGCUGGAGGAGUUUGACCUGAAGACAUACAACACAACAAAGGAAGGUUAUCAGAGGUUGCUGCCGGUAGUGAAAACCUGCAAAAGAGCACUCUUGGAUCGCUGUAAACUGACAUAUGAAUCCUGUGAGACUCUGACCUCAGCUCUGCAGACACCAAACUCCCCCCUGAGAGAACUGGACCUCAGCAACAAUGACCUGGGAGACAGAGGAGUGGAGCUGCUCUGUGUUGGACUAACCAGUCCACUCCGCAACAUACAGACACUAGUUCUAGGUCAGUGUGGUCUGACAGAGGGUUGCUGUUCACAUCUGGCCUCAGUCCUGAGUUCACCCAACUCACAACUGAAACAACUGGAGCUGAGAGACAAUGACCUGCAGGACUCAGGAGUUACACUGCUGUCUGCUGGACUGGAGGAUCCAGACUGUAAACUACACACACUGGGUCUAGGUCAGUGUGGUCUGACAGAGGGUUGCUGUUCACAUCUGGCCUCAGUCCUGAGUUCACCCAACUCACAACUGAAACAACUGGAGCUGAGAGACAAUGACCUGCAGGACUCAGGAGUUACACUGCUGUCUGCUGGACUGGAGGAUCCAGACUGUAAACUACACACACUGGGGCUGUCUGGCUGUCUGGUCACAGAGAAGGGCUGUGCUGCUCUGUCUUCAGCUCUGAGGUCAAACCCCUCCCACCUGAAAGAGCUGGACCUGAGCUACAAUCACCCAGGAGACUCUGCAGGAGGACUGCUUUCAGCUGCUCUGGUGGAUCCCACAUAUAAACUGAUGAAGCUGAAUGUGGAUCAUGGUGGAGAUUGCAGGCUGAAAUCAGGGCUGAGGAAAUACGCCUGUCAUCUCACCUUGGAUCCAAAUACAGCACACCCAAACCUGAUACUGUCUGAGGGGAACAGGAAGUUGACAUUGGUGAAAGAGAAGCAGGAUUAUGAAAACCAUCCAGACAGAUUUGACUAUCAUUCCCACGUUCUCUGCAGAGAAGGCUUAUCUGAAUCUCGUUAUUACUGGGAGGUGGAGAUGGAUGGUGACAUGGCUGACAUUGGUGUGGUGUACAAAGGAAUGAAGAGGAAGGGAGAAGAGGUUGACAGUAGGACUGGACUCAAUAGGAAGUCCUGGUGUUUAUACUGCAAUGAUAGUACUUAUGACAUUUACCAUGCUGGAGUCGGCAGUAUCAUCCCUCAUCCUGAUUCUAACAGAGUUGGAGUGUAUCUGGACUGGCCAGCUGGUACUUUGUCCUUCUAUAGUGUGUCCUCCUCUGGUACACUGACACACCUUUACACAGAACACACCACAUUCACUGAACCCCUCUAUCCUGGAUUUGGGUUUGAGGUUAACUCCUCCUCCUCCUCCUCAGUGACCCUGUGUCAGAUAGAUGACCAACACAUUCAGAGAGACCAUGGUGGAGAGAGUUGUAUCAAGCCUGGACCUGAGAACACCAGAGACCAUGGUGGAGAGAGUUGGAUCAAGCCUGGACCUGAGGACAGUGCUGUGUUGGGGGCAGGGCGUAUGGCUGAGAGCAGUCUUACUGGUUCUUCAGAGCAGCAGCUGCGUUCUGUACGGACAGAGUUUGUGACACGAGUGUCAAGACCUGUCCUGGAUGGUCUGCUGGACGGACUGCUGCAUCACACAGUCAUCAACCAGGAGGAAAUGGAGUCAGUGAAGGUGAUAGCUGAGAGGGCAGAGAAGGCACGUGACAUCAUCGACAUGGUGUUGAGAAAAGGAAAUGAGUCUAGUUCCAGGAUCAUCAACCUUCUUGGGGAGCUGGACCCCUUUGGUCUGUGA